AUGCAUUCGUCCACCAAAGACCAGACGAGAGACGAUGGCGGCAUGGAGAUGCAGCCCAGCCCUAUCGAUGACAUGGCCAUCAACGAGGUCGACGAAGACCUGAAGCAGGAUGAAAAACCAAAGACCAGCAAGCUCAAAGCCAUCAUCUGGGAUACAUGGGACAAGUCUCCAGAGGAGCGGAAGACGGUUAACAAGAUUGACUGGUUUAUAAUGACGUACGUCUGCAUUGCCUACUUUGUCAAAUAUCUGUACAGUCUAAACCAACCCUCAGUGUCCAAGGACGAAGCUAACACUAGAUACAGGGACCAAGUGAACGUACAAAACGCAUAUGUGUCCGGUAUGCAAGAAGACCUGGCUAUGGGAGGGCAGGACUACAACCUCAUGCAGACGUUGUUUACGAGCGGGUAUGUGGUAGGCAACCUCGCCUCUCAGCUCGUGCUCCUAAAGGUCCGACCUUCUAUCUGGCUGCCAUCGCUGGAGUUGAUCUGGAGUAUCCUCGUCAUGGGCAUGGCGGGCGCUCAAAAUACCAACACGAUCCUUGUCCUGCGAUUUUUCAUCGGCCUGCUAGAGGCGUCUGCGUUCCCUGGUAUCCUUACACUGCUCGGGAACUGGUACACACCUGCUGAGCUUGGAAAGCGCUCUGUCAUCUUCAUCUCGACCUCCUCAGCUGGCAGCAUGUUCUCUGGCUACCUUCAAGCCGGGCUCUACUCAGGGAUGGACGGGGUCCAAGGCCUCGCAGCGUGGCGAUGGCUGUUCAUAUUCGAUGGUAUCAUCGGAAUCCCAGUCGCCAUAUACGGUUUCUUCGCCGUCCCAGACGCUCCUCACAACAGCCGAGCGAAAUGGCUCAAACCGCACCAACGCCAGAUGGCAAUCGAGCGCAUGGACAGAGUCGGUCGCCGACCGCCGGCGAAGCUCAGCCUCCAAACUUUCAAAGACGUCCUGUCCCACUGGCCCAUCUACCUCUUCCCAAUCGCCUUCGCGUGCCAUGUCCUCGCUAUCCGGAUCUACAGCUACUUCCUCGUCUACCUCGAAGACACCGGCCGGUGGUCGGUGGAAGCCGUCAACAGUAUUCCAUCGGGAGGCUUCGCUUUCCAGAUCGUCAUCGGCUUGGUGUAUGCUUGGGUCAGCGACUACUACAAGACCCGCGUUCCCGUCAUUUGCGCGGCUUGUGGUGUGGCGAUGAUUGGAACAAUCAUCCUUUCUGUCUACCCGGAACACAACCUCGCGGCUAUGAUGGCUGGUUGGAUCCUGACGUAUGGGGAGACGGGUGCUGGCGCUUUGAUCAUGACGCAGGUCAAUGAGGUCUGCAGUUUCUCGUCCGAGCAUCGGGUGAUAACUAUUGGUUGGACGGAGGCGUUCUCAUACGCAAUGAGUGCCUGGGUGAUCCUGUUCGCCUACCCGUCAGGACAAGCGCCGCACUUUGACUACGGUUUCGAGCUGGCGACGAUGUUCUGGGCGAUUGAGAUCCUCGCGAUUCUUGCCAUUGGCUAUUGUGCGAAGAAAUAUCCCAUGAAGCUACGAGACUGA